AUGAUCGACAAAAUAGCUGGUAUCGCUGGAAUGAGAAAUCUUAAAAUUUUGUCUGUAGGGAGGAACUAUAUAAAAAAUUUAGCAGGAAUCGAAACGGUCGCGGAUACAUUAGAAGAAUUGUGGAUAAGUUACAACCCCAUCGAUAAAUUAAAAGGUAUAGGAGCGUUAAAAAACUUACGCGUGUUGUAUAUUUCGAACAACAACAUUAAGGAGUGGGUGGAAUUCAAUAGAUUGCAGUGCCCUCCCCCUCUGUCCGCUCCUAAGACCGCUCGUAUCAGCUCCACGGCUGUAAUAGCUGAUUUUCUAGCUCACGAGGCUGGCCGCAAACGACCGCGCUUACGCCACUCAAAGGCGGAGAAAAUGGUU